AUGCGCGGCAAGGUGACGGGGGUCCCACGGCUAACCACCACCCGAGCUCUCGACUCGUACGAUCAGGUGAAGAAGGGCGUGAAGAACCUCUUCCGCCGUAAGAAGAAGGCUGCCAAGAAGGACCAGGAGUCUGACGAGCCCUCCACCACGGCUGAUUCGGGUGAGAUGACUGCUCCGUCGGCCACUGAGGCCAACCCCGCCGAGCCUGCUCCUGCGCCUGAGGCUCAGACUGGUACGACUCCCUCUUUCAUUCCCUUCUCUGGUCCAGUCUUGGACAUGUAA